UCGCGAGGUCUGCUGCUCGAAAUGUAAAGUCAAAACAAGCAUGCUGCAAAGUCCAAGUGUUGAUGCAUUUUGUAUUUCUCCACAAAAGUAGAUGUAAUGAACGUAAAGAAAUAAAGUCUAACAUUGAUUUGAAGUCGCCACACAUUAUGUGCUUGUGCUGCUAUUCUUGAUUGGUGUCGGUGUAAAUUGCCAUUAUGGGAAAUCCUUAUCUGAAAGAUAGCAGCGCAAAGCCUUUCCCAUUUCAUCAACGGCGAAAAUUUAGAGGAAACAUGAGUUUCCUACCUGUGCCCAUAACAACCCUAGAUGGAGGAGUAGCAGAAGGAUCUACUAGUCUUGCAACUAGCGUCCGUCAUCAGCUUCCACAUGUUUUACUUAUAGAAUGUAUGUUAGAAAGAAUGUGUGCCAUGUACGAAACAGAUUCAGCAAAACAAAAAGAGCUGUAUGAUGCAUUGCGAAGUUACUUCAUUACAUUUCGUCUCCUACCUCGAAGCACUGGUUUUCCAGGAAUGGAUGGAGUCAGGUUAAAAAUAUCUUCUGACUUAAACAAACUGUUUUACCUAGCAAAGCAUCAGCUGGCCACAAGUAGUCAAACACCUACAACAGCUGGCCCUUUGGCUGUUGCUAACUCAUCCCCCCUUGCUGGGAGCAUUUGGAGUUCAAUCGAUGGCAGCGAACAUCUGUUUACGUCGCGCUAUCAACUGGAUUUCAAAGAAAGGGAAUUCAUAGCAGCUGGAGGUUUUGGUGUUGUCUACAAAGCUCAUAACUUUCUUGAUAACAUGGAAUAUGCAGUAAAAAAAAUUCUAAUCGGGCCGAGAUCUGCUACCAAAGUUUUACGUGAAGUGCAUCUUUUGUCUCAACUCCAUCACCCAAAUAUAGUGGCAUAUAAAAGUGCAUGGUUGGAAUAUUGUCCUCCACAGACAUUAAGUGAGAUUCUUCGACAUAUGGAUAUUUCUUCCCAAGACGGUCGACUAUCGUCCUCGCUAAACAUCAGCAGCUCAUCCCAAUCUCACGACAUAGCUCUGAGCUCAUACCCAAUAGAUUCUUCCAGCAGUGACAGUAUUAUUUUUGAAAGCGAAACUCCAACCAAUCUGUCCCCACGGGAUAGUCAUCCAUCACAAACUUUACAUAUUUCUUCUCAACAUAGAGCCACAUCUAUCAGUUCAUCCUAUUCGUAUAAUUAUGGAAGAACUGGUAGCACACGUCGAGUGGACUGCCGUACCGGUGAUGGAAUCGUUGCGGAGAAAAUUGAAACACAAACCAAUUCAUCCUCGCGGUGUUAUCAAAGCCAUCGCGAGGUGGGCAAGGGAAGUGUCAUUCUGAGCAGCAGCUUGCUUUACGACCGAGUAUUCUCAUCUGCUGCCAUGUUACUCUAUAUUCAGAUGCAAUUAUGCCCACAAACUUUACGACAUUGGCUGAACGAUCGUAACCAACGAAAAAACACGCUCGAUAGCAUUGACCUCGAGCUAUCUAUCUUCCGCCGAUUAGUACAAGGAAUAAACUACAUACAUCACAAUAAUAUCAUUCAUCGGGACAUUAAGCCGGAAAACAUAUUUGUCGAUGCAGAAGCUAAUCAGGUGUUAAUUGGAGAUUUUGGGCUUGCAGUACUAGGAUUCACAAAUGAACCCAAUGGAAGCGCUUUAUCAACAGCUAGACCAGUUGGAACACGCGCUGCCACCCGGGGAGUCGGAACUCAUACAUAUGCUGCACCAGAACAACUAACCAGUCGAGAAUCUUACGCCAAGAGCGACAUAUAUAGCCUGGGCAUCGUUCUCCUAGAAUUGCUCAACCCUUUCGAAACGGACAUGGAACGAUACAAGACAAUUGAAAAUUUACGAGCGCGUUGUGAAAUAUCAGAAGAAGUGAAACGUAAAUGGCCUAAAAUGGCAAUGUUAGUGACGAAAAUGAUCUCGCGUGACCGUGAAUUACGCCCGUCUGCUGAAGAAAUCAUAUCCUAUCUCGACUCCAAUUCACCUACUUCCAAAACUGCCGCAUCAGCAACGAGCCAUUUCAGCAAAGAUGAACUUUGGUCCAUUAUCGAGGAUUUACGACGUCAAAUAGCUGAAAAAGACCUAAUCAUAGAAGCACUGACAAAAAAACAAAAGUGACCUUUCCAGUAUGCAAAUAAAAUAUGCAAGUAAUA